AUGCCUCCGAUAUCGAUUCUGGACCUUGUGUCCGCUCUUCCCUCCGAGGACACCUGGGGACCCGCUGUCACGACUGAAAAGACCCUCGAUGGCGUCCCAUACGCUCCCUACUCCAAGGGCGACAAGCUAGGCCGCAUGGCUGACUGGAGUUCGGAGGGCAAGGAUGGACGUGAUGGAAGGGGUGGAAGACAGGCAUAUAACCGCAACUACAGAGAUCAACAAGUAUACGGUGCUGGAACGGGCAGCUUGUUUGCAGUUCAAGUCGCGGAGGACGAAUCAACCUUCUCCGUCGUCGAUAACACCCGAACUUCGGUCAAGACUCGCGGUUUUGGUCGUGGAGGCGGCACCAUUUUCCGUGGCCGUGGACGAGGAGGCCCCCAGCGAGGUGGUAGAGGAGGUUUCCAGAGAGUGGGAGGCGGACGAGGUGGUCAAGGUGGAGACAGAUAUUUCGACAACCGUGGCGGACGAGGAGGCCGUGGUGGUGGCCGACGCUUUGGAUGGAAGGAUUAUGAUAAGCCACAAAGAAACCGAGACAGCUCUAUCGCCAUUCGACCUGAGUGGACUGUGUUGGAAGAGAUUGAUUUCAACCGCCUUGCCAAACUCAACCUCGAGACUCCCGAGGGCCAGGAUAUCGAUAACUACGGUUUCCUUCACUAUUAUGACAGAUCCUACGACAAGCCACCUGUCAAGGGCGCAGAGAAGAAACUACAACCUCUGGACCGCGCUGCAUACAAUGUUACAACAACUGCGGACCCUAUCAUUCAGGAAUUGGCUGAGAAGACUGACGCUACCGUCUUCGCCACUGCCGAUAUCAUUUCCAUGCUCAUGUGCGCUCCUCGCAGUGUUUAUUCUUGGGAUAUGAUUAUCAUCAAGCAGGAAAACAAGAUCUACUUCGAUAAGCGCGAUAACGCAUCUAUUGAUUUAGUUACUGUCAACGAGAACGCGACUGAUGCCCCUCUCGAGGUCUCUGAGGCUCAAUCUGGCACGAAGCACGACCCCAUCAACACCCCUGGCGCUCUCGCUCUCGAAGCUACCAUCAUCAACCACAACUUCUCCCUCCAGACUGUCGUAGAGUCCGACACUGCCAAGGUCGAGUACCCUCACAGCAAUCCAUUCUACAACCCCGCCGAGGAGACCGAGCCACUUGCCUCCAAGGCAUACAAAUACCGACGUUUCGAUCUCUCGGUUGGCGGAGAGGAGGAGCCCGUUCACAUGGUCGUCCGAACUGAAGUUGACGCCGUGAUUAAGAACGUCAGCGGCGACGACCAGCUCGUUACUCUCCGUGCCCUCAAUGAAUUCGACCACAAGGCCCCUGGAGCCGGUGGAGCUCUCGACUGGCGCAACAAGCUCGCUUCCCAACGUGGUGCCGUUGUUGCUACUGAAAUGAAGAAUAACAACUGCAAACUUGCCCGAUGGACCACUCAAGCCCUCCUUGCAAAGACCGACAUUCUCAAGCUCGGUUUCAUCGCCAGAGCGAACCCACGCUCUGCUGCUUCGCACAUUAUCCUUGGUGUCAUGGGCUACAAACCCCGUGAAUUCGCUGUGCAGAUGAACUUAAACAUCAACAACGGAUGGGGUAUUGUCCGAACCAUCGUUGAUCUCAUCCGAAGCCGUGACGAGGAGGAAGACGAGGAUGAGGAUGAGGAUGAGGAGAAAGUCAAGAAAUACAUUCUUGUCAAGGACCCUAACAAGUCUGUCCUCCGAAUUUACAGCGUCCCCUCUACUACUUUUGAGGAUGAUGAGGAACUUGAGAAGCACGGAAAGGAUUCAAGGAUUGACGAGGACGGCGAGUAA